CUUACACAGCAAUAAAAUUGUUGCGUUUCCCCACGGAAAAUAAAACACGGAGCACCAAAAUGGCGACCUCCUUACUUCGGCUAGGACGACUGGGGUCUCUCAAGGUUCUCCAGAAAGAGAGCUGGGGCCUUUUGAGGAGCUCAUCUGCCGCGGCAUUCUGCACCAAGGCUGGGGAGCCAAAGAAAGCUGUUAAGGCAACGACUACAAUUAAGAAGGCCUCAGAAGAGGGGGCUGCACUACAAGCCUACAACACCACGGUUGCCUUCCCCGUUAAGCUUUCAGCCUCAGGACUUUCCCCAGCACAGGCUCUAGGUGAAAUAAUUGAAUCAGUGGCUAGCCCCGUCACUGCUGAAACAAUAGUAGCCGCAGCUGCAGAACCAGCUACCUUUUCCACUUCUGCAAGCCAUGCUGACGCUAUGCCUGCUGAAACUGCUGUGGCUGAAGAAACCGCUAGUCCUGCUGUAGAUGUGGCCGCUCCAGUCAUAGAGGUGGCUAAGUCUGCCCCUGCUUCUGAGUGUGUUGCAGAGAUCACAUCCCUUGUCACAGAGGAGGCCGCAGCACCAGAGACACCAGUAGUAGAAUCCACUACACCAGCUGCCAAGGCCGCAGUAGUCGCUGACGCUGUUGCAGAAGCUGCUCCAGUUGCUGAGGCUGUUGCCAGUGAAGCCGCCCCAGUUGAAGCAGUCGCGGCAGAGGCUCCUUCAGUUGCGGAGGCUGUCGCCGAACCUGCUCCAUUCGCUGACAUUGCUGCUCCCGUCGUCGAUUCUACUCAACCUGUAAUUGACGCCGCCACCAAAGUCACGGAUGCUGCUCCCCCAGUUGCUGAGCCUGUCGUUGCUACCAGUGAUGAAGCUCCCGUGCCAGAAGACAUUCCAGUUUCAGCCUCUGCCGAUCCACCUUUAGUUGAUGCUGCAGCCUCCACUGAACCUGGAGCCCCAGCCGUUGAAUCCUCAUCCAGUGAUUCCGACUCCGACUCCUCUGACUCUGACACCGACUCUGAUGAUGAGAUGUCCGAAGUGAAAUCAAAGGCAAAACCAGAAAUCCGAGCAGAAAAAAAGAAAGACUCGGAAAAGGAAGCAGUGGCUUUGGCCAGCGACGCUGAGGUGGCAGUGACGUCUGAUGCCAUCCUUGUGGCCACUGCUAAAGCUGUGCAAGAAGCUACACCUGCGCCGACUCUGAACGCAGUUCCUGAAACUGUCAAGGACGAAGCACCAGAAGUUGUAGCCGAAGCAGCACCAGAAGUCACCAAAGAAGUUCAAGCGGCCGCUCCAGAAAUUGCAAGUACUGAGCUGGUUGACCCCACCUCUGUCCUGGAAGCCAACCCAGCGACAGCUACCCUGGAGGUUGGCCCUGAAACUGCCCCUGCUACAAGUUUUGAGGAGCUCGUAGAGUCUGCCCCUGAGAUCGCUAGUGUACCCAAAGAGAUUUUUGCAGAAGCUGCUCCAGAAGUCACCGCUGCACCAGAAGUCACUCCAAAAGUUGUACCGGAAGCGGCAGAAGAAGCAUCUGAAGCUGUCCCUGUAGAAAUUGCCGCUGAAACAACUGCUGAACCUACGGCGGAAGAUUCACCGGCUGUUGCUAAAGCUGACCCAGUUGAAGGCGCAGCAGAGGUGCUGGUAGACAUCGCCCCUGACGUGGCUGGAGCCGCAGGAGAGGUGCUGGUAGACAUUGCCCCUGUCGUGGCUGGAGCCGCAGGAGAGGAGCUGAUUGCAGAGGCCCUGGCUGAGGCAGAACCGAAUGAGACCUCAGAGGCUGCACCUCCAGAGCCAGCCCCCGAGCCAUUCGACAACAGCACUUAUAAGAACCUCCAGCACCACAACUACAACCACUACACCUUCGCAGACCUGGACCUGGAGAUGGCCAAGUACCGUCUGCCCCAGCCCUCCUCCGGUAGACCUUCCCCCAGACACUGAGACCGCCUGGAACCCAGGCCCCAUGUCCCCAGACAGCAUGUCUCUGAUCCCGCUGACCACCCCAUGUGUUUUUUUUUUUUUGUUUGUUUUUUAGAAGAAUAAUGAUAUUGCCUUGUACUUUAUGGUCCCUAAUGUGUGCUUGUAAUUCUGUUAAAAUAAAUCUAUUAUAUUAAACUACACAAAAUGGA